GCUGUGUGAAAUUAUCAGUAAACGAUAAAUAAAUAUACUGAACCAAAAUAUGUGUAAUAGAUAGUAAUAUCUAUUUCAUUCUGGUUAUGAAAAUAAAAUCAAACUAUAGAUGGACAAUAAUAAUGGCAUGGAACCAACAUCAUCUAGUAGUAUAACAGAAUCGAUUUUUCUUCGUGUGGCCAAGACUACUCUACUAGCAGCUCUCGUCUAUUUUGUGCUGUACUACCCCUUAGGCGACCCGUUUUUAGAAUGCAAGAGCUGUUCUUCUUCGUCAUGUCAGGAGUGCUCUACACUGUGUUGCCUAUACUGGAUGACUAUACGUGCUGCUUGCAAUACCAUAGAAACCACAAAAAUAGUUAUGCGAAAAAUAUUGGAUAUUUUAUAUGAUUGCAAACUAAGGCUGUACAUUCUGUUGGAGACGUUGGACCAUGACGACUUCUGUGCCGUGUGCCGUAUUAGUACCUCCGCGGCGAUGAACACGGACCACAGUAGAGUCCCACAAAAGUGCAAGUGUGGAAGAAACUGCUGCAGAAGAAGAACCUUUAAAAAUGAACCUUAAAUUUUUUAUAUACUAUUAAGUUCAUAAUAUAUUUGAGGCAAUGCUGAAAUUCUCGUAAAUAGCUAAAGAUGUUUAAAGUAUUUUAUAUGUUGAAUUUUGAUUGUUAAUGUUUUUCGUAACCGUUUAUUAAAAUUUCGGAAAAUCUGUUA